AAUCGCGUGCAGAAAGCGGCGCGGUGUGUAGGUUACUUCCAUGAACACAUCUAAAGCCUCCUUCAUCCGCUCGGUGUGAAGUCAGUUUCUGGUCUGGAUGAGCGAAGAUGCUGCAAUGACUGAGUCGGAAGAGACCGUCCUUUACAUAGAGCACCGGUAUGUGUGCUCAGAGUGUGGAGUGGACUUCCCCAACCUGGAAGAUGCUGUUGUGCACCAACAAAGCCAUCCAGCUGCCACCCCAGAAACCCAGUAUCAGGUGCUGGAUCUCGGUUCCCACGAGAGCCAGUAUCAAUGCCUGGAAUGUGGGCAGCUGCUGUUGACUCCCAGCGACUUGCUUGCCCACCAGGAGCUGCAUAUUAGGUUACUCGCUCCUCCAAAGCCAGAAAGCCUGAAAGCCAAGCGGCCAUCUCGCAGUGAAAUCCACUAUGAGUGCCAGGAAUGCAAAGCCUUGUUCAACAGCCAGGAUAUGUGGCUGGCCCAUAGAUACACUCACAUGGAACCCCAGAAUGUGCCACAGUCCAAGGUGCUGUUACAAACCGAGGACCACGUUAUGGAUGACUCGAUACAGCUCAUGUGUGACCCCUCUACACCUGGUGAGGUCCACCUUGUCGCUGGUCAGCAGCAUUUUCAUGUUCCAACCUCUUCAUCUGCUGGGGUCUCCCAUACCCAAGUGUUGGUGGACCUGGAGCAUUCCUAUAAAAAGAGUGAGGGUGUAACAGAGGAGUGUGCGGUCGAAGUUUUGUUUUAUAAGUGCUCCGAGUGCACUCAGCUUUUCCAAAGCCCUGGAGAGUUCCUGGAGCACCAAGCCACCCAUUUCCAAGGGCAGGGAAAUUCCAUAGAAGCUAGCGGUCAGUCAGACGAGGCAGCUCAGCCUAUGGCUACUGCACAAAUGGUCGAACAGCUAGUUAACGAGGCUCCUCCCCCUGACCAUUUCAGACAGGUAAACGAAGUUGUCCCGGUUCCUCCAGAAGGGGAACAAGUAGCAGCUCCAAGUGAUGUUACAUUGUCUUGUGCUUCAUGCAAAGCAUCUUUUAAGAGUGACAAAGAACUUCAAACUCAUUUAUUAUCUUAUACGUCUGGCCCCUUUAACUGUCCCCUAUGCAGUAAAGUGUUCCCUACACACCCAGAGGUAGGCGAGCACCUUAAAUCACAUCAAAGUGAACAUCAUUUUCUCUGCAUGGACUGCGGCCUGGGCUUCGCCAGCGAAUCUGUGCUGGUCAAUCAUCGCCGGACCCACCAAGCCAACCCUUUGUACUCCUGUGAAUGCGGCCAGACGUUCGUCAACAUGACGAAAUUCCUUUACCACCGCCGAAUGCACAGCACCAAAACCCGGGAACCCGUGCAGGAGGAAGAAAAGAAAUCGGACUGCACUUUCUUUACCCCUGUCGGGGGCUUUUUGUGCUCCACUUGCGGUAAAUCGUUCCCUCUGAUGUCUCAGCUGUUGCGCCACCAACGUUUUGUGCACACGCUGGAGAGAAGCCACAAGUGCCCAACUUGCAGCAAACCAUUCAAAAAGCGUUCCCAUCUUCGCAACCACAUGCUGACUCAUACAGGGGAGCGGCCAUUUUCUUGCAAUGUCUGCAGCAAAUCAUUCAACGCUCAGGCUAAUCUGCUGCGGCACAAGCUUACCCAUACCGGGGAGAAGCCGCACAAGUGCCAGCUCUGUGGCAAGGCAUUCAGCCAGUCUUCGACGCUCCAGCAGCAUCUGGUAGUGCACAGCCAGACCUACCCGUACAAAUGCACAGAGUGCGGUGUUAGCUUUCACCGUCCCUACCGCCUUCUCAUGCACCAGUAUCACCAUACCGGGGAAUACCCGUACAAGUGCCAAGUUUGUGGCCUAUCUUUCCUGCUCAAGAGGUUGCUGGAAGUCCACGAACUUGGCCACCGCGGCGAAGAGCCUUUCAGAUGUGUAGACUGCGGUGCCAAUUACCCAUCUUCUCAGCGUUUAAAAGAUCAUCGUUGUAACCGGACUGGAAGUGGAGCGGGAGACAAAUUAGAGUGCCCAGUUUGCGGCAAGAAAGUGAAUUCUGAUGCCCGGCUCAAUGCACACGUUUCAGCCCAACACACAGGAAGUAGAAAUGCCACUGGGUGCUUGGCCAAGGUUAAGCAACCCCCGCCGGCACAGAGCAAACCGAAAGUAGGCUCCAGAAGCCUGGAGUGCCCCGACUGCCAUAAGACCUUCAGCACGGAAACGUCUUUGCAAGUUCACCGCCGAAUUCACACCGGGGAGCGACCUUACCCUUGUCAAAUUUGCGGCAAAGCCUUUCGACAGUCCACCCACCUCAAGGACCACAUCCGCCUUCACACGGGUGAGAAGCCCUUCAAAUGCGAUGUUUGCGGCAAAGCUUUUACCAUCGCGGUGCGUCUAGCCGAGCACAAGCGUAUUCAUACAGGCGAACGGCCCCACGCCUGCUCCGAAUGCGGCCGGGCAUACCGUUCGUUCUCCAACCUGUGGAAGCACAGGAAGCUUCACCGCGAGCAGGCUCUACCACCGCCAGGUCACGGGUCCCACGCCUCGGACCUCUCCAACACCGUGGCUAUAGUAGAGACUGUAGAAACCAUUCCCAUUAUAGAGACCGUGGAAAUUUUCCCCGAAGGCAGCGCCAUAAGUGUGCAGGAUAUCCAGUUUGAGACCUUGCAGGUGGAGAAUAUACACUUGGGUAACAUUCAGAUCGGUACCUUGUAAAUGAAGUCUGCUUUAUGAUUGUCCAUAAUGAUAGGAACAGCAUGUGCUUUGCCGGAGCUACUGAAGAGUUAUCUGUUCGGAGGCGUGCGGUGUGUUACCAGUUUUGCUGAUGCCUCCACUGUUGAAAUCUGCUUUAUGUCCUUCCAGUAUGACAUGUUGUUGAAAUGCAUAUUUUAAUUAAACCCUCCUAGUUAUUUACCUUUUUAU